GCCCUACCAAUUAAGAAAUUAAUACUCACGUCACACUUUUAAAAAUACUGUUUCCCUGUCUUUUGGUGUGUUUGUGUGUGUGUGUGGCACAUGUCCAGUAGGGCAGGUUGGACACUGUUUAAUGACUGGUUGAUUCUGGUCAUGUGAUUGUAUGAUGUACAAUGAUGGCCAAAUGAGCACAUGUUCACAUGCAUUCAUUGAUAAUUAUAUGUUGAAUUGUGAAUGUGUGUGUGUGUACUAUGUUUUGUAUGUGGGCCAAAUUAGGAAGUACCGGGGUGGGCAAUGCUUUCAUUCAUGAUUCUGGUUGGUGAAUGGUGUGUGUGUGUGUGUGUGUGUGUGUUUGUGAACCCUUUAAGAGCAGGUGACGGUGAGGGACAGAGGGUAUAAGUAUGGUAGUCAAUGUUCCACAGAGACAAGAUGCUUCCUGUCACUGCCACUUUGAGGACGACCAUGUCGAUGUUCACCUUGGUUAUUCUUGGGUGUUUGGGGUUCCAAGGGGUGAUGGCCUCUGACUCUAGGGCGUACAGAAUGUCCAUGACCAACGACAACGAUGGGCACACCACCAGUCAGCGACAGGACCCUCAGACAAGCAAUGAAAUACCACGGAGUAUCGAGGUGGAUGAUUUCAAAAUCAACGUAGUGCCGAUCAGCGGCAAAGUCAGCUUAGCACCGACCAUGGUCCGGCUCUACCCGCCACCUGUCAAAACGUCACACCUUCAUGCCAACCUUCCGCUUCGCUUCGGCCGGGACUCCCUCCCCGACGACACCCACUCACCCAAAACGACCCUUAAUUUACCGCAACGGUUUGGAAGAGCACAGGGGUCUGGCGCAACGGAACCGAUGUCGUGUAUUGAGUGUCCCCAUGUCGGGACACUGCCCUCCGCCACCCUGCCACAGAGGUUCGGUAGGAAUGAGUUCAACCUCCGGUAUCCUUUCCGAGCUAUGGCCUUUUUCUCACGCAGGUCCGAACCCGUGCCAAAUGGAAAUAUUAGGCUGCAAGACUAUAGUUAUUCUGAUUUUGGCUCAGAGGAAGAAGAGACACGGGAGAAGACUCUGAAGACACUAUAAUUAUUCUGAUUUUGGCUCAGAGGAAGAAGAGACACGGGAGAAGACUCUGAAGAGCUCAACGUUGAAUUUUCUCCUCUGGAACUCUUGAAAGAACUCUGUCGCCACAGAAGUGGGUCCCGUUUUCAUGACCUGGGUCGCUUAUGUUUUUUCGUAAUUUUGAUCUACUAUGUAAUGUAUGAAUAUUGUUAAAUUGGUGGCAUAUUGUUACUUAAUCAUGUAAAGCACAAAUUAAAACGAUAGUAUCGAUUUUACUGUU